AUGCGUCCCUCGGCCGGCCUCGUCGGCUUGGUCGUCCUCCUCGCGCCUGCCAUUCUCGCGCAAGACACCGCGCUGCCCAACCUGUCCACGCUUUCGCAGCCAAACGGACAGGGAGCAACGGAUACUGCAACAUCAGGCACAUCACAGACAGCCGCAACUACACAAGCAACCACAGGGACGGCCACGGCGACCGCCACCAACAACAGCGAUUUUCCUACCGUCACUACCGACAACGGCGUCCAUCUUUCAGGUCUACCGACGCUCGCCGGUUCUGAUCUGCCCGAUGGCACAGUCUUCAUCUGCGUCGGUGCUAUCCUCGGCUUCAUGGGUCUGAGUGUGCUCCUAUGGCGCGGGCUAGUAGCAUGGUCUCUACAUCGCUCCGUCAAGCGCGCAGCCAUGGCACAGAGCGCCGCAGACAUCAAAGCCAUGUCCGCCGUACCCGGCAAGCGUGGCAUGUACAACGUCGUCGGCGCAAACUCAACAAUGUCGCUCGACCACCUCUCCGCCGCCGCCCCGCCCGGCACAUCCAGGCCCACACGCCCCCCAGGCGCCGUCCGCUCAACCUCCUCACUCUUCUUCUCCCCCACCGCCGGCGGCGCAUCAGGUCUACAAAACCCAGGGAACCGCUCCUCCAACUACCUCCCCGCAGGCUACUACUCCACCGGCACCGCAGCACCCACAUCCUCCGUCCACGUCGGCGGCCACCCCUCGACAAACUCCCUCGCCAUCCCAGGCUCCCACGCAGGAACCUCCCCCACUAUAUCCCCCUCGCUGCCCCCAUCCCGCGGCUACGACCGCCCCCUCCACUCCCGCGACGGCCUCUCCACAUAUAACCGCAACAGCGUCGCCACCCUCGGCAACUCGCGCAGCCCCCUCUACGCAGCCGAUAACGUCAGCCAGCUCUCGCUCAAUGUACCCGGGGGUUCGACGACGGGCGGUCGCGCUCCUAGCGCUUAUUUGGAGGACCUUUUUGAAAAUCAUAAUGGCGGGAAUAAUGCGAGAGAUAGGUUUUAG